UCUUAAAAUAGUUACAACGACCAACGAUCCAAAGUCCAAACUUUACCUUCCUCCCCUCCUUAAGAUCCUCCCUUCCCCCACCUCUCGCUCUCAUCUUCGAUCUCCAAGCUCGCGUGCGUGCAUGCGUGCCAUGGGAACUCUAGUAGGCCACGUAGCUCCCGGUCUCGGCUUCCUCCUAAUCGGCAUAUGGCACCUAUACAACAACAUCAAACUCUUCUCCCUCCACCCGAACACCUACCGUUCCCUUCCUUGGUUCCCAGCCCCAAAAUUACGCCGCCUGGAACUCCUUCUCAUCGCCAUCGGUAGCUCUGUUUCCAUCGCCAUGGAACUCUUCAUAGGUCCCGCACGCCACCAACCCUUCGACCCUGACUUCACCAUCCCUUCCUACCACCUGCACAACUUCGAGCACGCGUCCAUCUCGCUUUCUUUCCUCAUCUACGCCGUGUUUGCCACUGCUUUAGAUCACCGGGCUGGCCGCCCCGCAGCCAGGCAGGCGCUCACGGUUCUGGCCGCUGCGGCUGCCUUCGGGCAGCAAUUUUUGCUUUUUCGUCUCCAUUCCGCUGAUCAUGAGGGGGUGGAGGGACAGUACCAUUGGCUUCUUCAGCUUGUUGUCGGCGUCUCCUUCGCCACCACUUUGAUGGGCAUUAGCCACCCCUGCAGCUUUCCGGUUGCGUUCGUCCGUUCCAACAGCAUCACUUUGCAGGGGCUCUGGUUCAUCCUCAUGGGCUACGCUCUGUGGACGCCGAAGCUAAUCCCCAAGGGCUGCUUCAUGAACGCCGAAGAUGGCCACUACGUCGUUCGCUGCCGGAGCGACGACGAACUCCGCCGCGCGAAGUCUCUUGUCAACAUCGAAUUCAGCUGGCUUUUCGCCACCGUCGUCGCUUUCUCAUUGCUCUGUUACCUCUUAUUGAGCAAGAAGUUUGAGAAGGUUUCGGAGUAUGACGCCAUUGAAGAGGAGGAGCUCGAGAACUUGGAGCUGGGGAAAAUGACUGACAGUAAGCUUCAGGAGUCGGAUAGCUUUGCACACAUGGAAAGGGUGAUGAGGUCCAUAGAGCUUGAGAGGUGAUUAAGGAAUUUGGUGGGACUUUUGGCGGGUGUUUUAUUAAUUAAUUGUUGACGAUAUAA